GGCUCUGCCUCCCGCGGGCGGCGGCGGCUGCCGGGCGGUGUCGUGCGGCCCCGUGCGGGGACUAUGAAGCACCAUGGUGUGGUGUGACCGUGGCGUCCAGAUGCUGCUGACCACGGUGGGAGCUUUCGCCGCUUUCAGCCUCAUGGCCAUCGCCAUCGGUACCGACUACUGGCUGUACUCCAGCGCGCACAUCUGCAACGGCACCAACAUCACGGCGGACGAAGCGCAGGGACCGCCGAGGAAAGCGAGGGGCGACCUUACGCAUUCGGGGCUCUGGAGGAUCUGCUGCCUCGAAGGAAUCUACAAAGGACACUGCUUCCGAAUCAACCACUUCCCUGAAGACAACGACUACGACCAUGACAGCUCAGAAUACCUUCUCCGCAUUGUCCGUGCCUCCAGUGUGUUCCCCAUUCUAAGCACAAUAUUGCUGCUGCUGGGAGGGCUCUGUGUUGGAGCAGGGAGGAUUUACAACAGCAAAAACAACAUUAUUCUCAGCGCUGGAAUUCUCUUUGUCGCAGCAGGACUAAGUAAUAUCAUAGGGAUCAUUGUCUACAUAUCAAGCAAUGCAGGUGACCCAAGUGAUAAGCGAGAUGAGGACAAAAAGAACCAUUACAACUACGGUUGGUCUUUCUAUUUUGGAGCCUUGUCUUUUAUCGUGGCCGAAACCAUAGGUGUUCUGGCUGUGAACAUUUAUAUCGAGAAGAACAAAGAGCUGAGGUUUAAGACCAAGAGGGAAUUCCUUAAGACUUCUUCCAGUUCUCCUUAUGCCAGGAUGCCAAGCUACAGGUACAGGAGGCGGAGGUCCAGGUCCAGUUCUCGAUCCACAGAGCCUUCUCCAUCUAGAGACAUUUCCCCGGUUGGCAUGAAGAUAGCAAGCACCAUUCCCAUGAACGAGAUUUCCAUGUACACUCUUUCCAGAGAGCCCUUGAAGGUCACAACAGCCGCCAGCUACAACGCAGACCAAGAAGCCAGUUUUCUGCAGGUCCAUAACUUCCUUCAGAAGGAAUUUAAGGAAGGACUCCACGUCAACAUGGUCAACAGGAGAACAACACCUGUCUGAAGUUUCUUCCCUCCAUGUGGUUU